AUGGCGGACGCAUCGCCGACAACUCCCCUCAUCCGACGGCAAGACCCGCCCCAGGUUCUGCCUCAAGUAACGAGGCUUCAGCACAUCUCAGUCGCCGCUGUUGCGGUACUGCACAUGCUCCGGGGCGCUGCGCUUCUUGCCUGUCCAGCCAUCGCAUUAUCAAGUUUUGCCGUGUCGAGAUCCAGCACAGCCAUCUUCUUUACGAGCCUGCUUGGGGUGCGAGACAUUGUCCUGGGAGGCUUGUUGGUCUUGGCCGAUCAUCGACGAGGCUAUGAAAUGCACAGGGCGCUGGGCAUUGCGCUCUUCAGCGAUUCCGUCGACACUUUCGUCCUGAUAUUUGCCGUGGCUUGCUCGGCCCGUCUCAAAAUCCCUGUCCCCGAGAUGCUGUCCGUCGUGUUGCUGGCUAUUCUAGAACAUCUGACCUUGUGGAGCUUUGACGACGAGAAUGACGAUGUGCCGGGUCCUUUCCACGAAGCAACCGUUCAUGUCUCGAGACUCGAUGAUAAGAGGUUGAGAUUGGGCAUGUGGCUUGACGACUUGAAAAGGGCAGAGUCGCUGCAAGAGGAUGCAUUUUCGUCCUCCAAAUCGCCACUCUCGUAA